UAACAGUCUCCAGUGCCUGUACCCAGCUGUUAUAUUUGGCUUUCCUUCAAGACCCUCUUCGUCUCUAGACGUCCAGUCUCUUACUUCUCACCGGAUCGAAAACUCUGUUGUUAUUUUGCCAAUUUCGAAGGAAUUACCCCCGCAGCCAUGAGUGAGGUGAUCAGGUAUGAGCUGUCGGAUAUCGACAAAAUGGGCUUCACCAAGACUGUGAAAAUCGUCUUCUUCUAUGAGUUACAAGCUACCAUCAACUCAGAGAGCAUAGUCUCCUCCUUGCUGGAAGGGAUCAGAAACGCAACCCGCCAGCUGCCCUUCAUGGCAGGAGACCUCCAGUUCAACGAAUCCGGGAAGCUCUGCAGCGUGACCACACCUGAAAGCGAAGUCGAAGUCAACAUCCGCCGAUUCGAGUCCACAGAGAGCGAGUCUUUCUCUGUCUUAGCGAAGGGCUCAUUCUCUCCACAAUUGGACCUGACCCGGUUUCUUCCCGAAGAGCCAGUCGGCAAACAGCCAGCCUGCAAAAUACAAAUCGGUGUCAUCGAGGGAGGCCUCACCCUGGGGCUGAGACUAAACCACGCAGCUGGGGACUGGACAUCCCUCGAUACCUGCCUCUCUCUUAUCAGCCAGAGCACCAAGGCACAUCUCGAAGGCCAGCCGAUGCCCACCUACACCCCGGACCUCAACAGAGCCGCGUUCAACACCCCAGCGCCUGACACCGCCAUCACCCGAGCCGAGCAACUCGCAAAAGUCCCAUUCUUCAGCGUAAUCGAGAAGAGUCAAUUCAAGAUUAACCCACCUCCACCCUGCCGAGCAAACAUCUACCGGAUCUCUGAACCCAUCAUCCAACAACUCAAAUCCGAAUGCACCCCCCACCUCGACGGCGUCGACUACAUCACCUCCUACGACUGCAUCUCCGCCCUAAUCUGGACAGCCAUCACCCGCGCCCGCCUCCUCGUCCACCCGGACAAAUCCAACACCCCAACCUGUUUCGUCCACCCCAUCGACGUCCGCACGCGCGAUCCAGACCAAAAGACCUCACCCCAGUACUUCGGCAACGCGGUCCUUGGCACCCUCGCCGGCCCGCUCCCCGCCCAGGAACUGAUCGCAUCAGCCGAUGACGGAACAACCGCUCGCGGCCUCGCCACAGCCGCCAGCCACGUCCGCCGAUCGAUCUCGCGCAUCGACGUCUCCUCCUUUGCCGCCAUGACGGGCCUGGUGGCCUCUCUGACGCCGACAGAGACCCUCGCCCCCAACGCCGACUUCGGGGAUAUGGACCUGUUCAUGAACACGUGGUACUCGGGCAGUGUGGAGAAGUACGAUCUCGGGGCCGGGGUGAUGCCGGCGGCCGUGCGCGUGCAGGCGGGCAUGCCCGGCGCGUGCGCAAGCAUCUUGCCGAAUUUCUCGCGCGGGGGGCCCAGGGUCUUUGAUGUCUAUGUGCAGGCGCCGGUGGACGUGUACGAGGUCCUUGGCAGGGAUGAGGAGUUUGUGAAGUAUUUUGAGCUUGUUGCAUGAGGGGCGUUGGAUCCUGAGUUGCGGAAUGAUUUUGGACUUGUGACUUUAGACUUUGCUAUCGGCUGAUUAAUCGUACUUGAAGGAUCAUUCUGGGAACUAUGGAUUUGUUAAGAGCUCAUCUAACGCAUACAGAACCGCUGGGUGCAGAAUUAAGGCUUUCCAC